CGAAACAUCUAAUACCAUGUGAACAACCAAUCGAUUACAAUAAUUCAACUUUCUCACAUUAAUUCAAACACAUAGGAGAUCAAAGAUCGAUUACCAAUCUCACCAUAUCACCACAUUUAAUUUGAAGUUAUGAACGAGAAUCUUCAAAAUAUUGUAUAGGUCGACAGGACAUGCAUGUACGUAACUUGAAGAAAAUGAAGCACACUUUCACACGAACUGUUUUCAUUUAUAGAUUUUACGUUCCAAACUCAUUAAUCAUCCAUGCAAGUAUUACAACAUUUCCACUAUCCGUCAUUCGUAACCACAUGGCUAAAGCACGAAACGCGCAAAUAACUCGUAUCCAUAUAAUAAUAAUAAAAAAACACAAACAAAUUUCCUACGUACGUUAUUCCUUUACGUUUAAGAGCCAUCCAUUAACAAUAAACAGAAAAGAACGAUACCCAAUUUCCCUUCCCUUCCCAUCUCCACCAUAACAAAGAAAGGAAACCAAAAUCCUCACCAUAUGCUCAUCACUCUUUCCAUGAUCCCCAUUUCCCCAUCAUCAACACCAAGAAAGAAAAAAUGGCUUCUUCCACAAACGACGGCCAGAACUUCCACAUCGUGAUGUUCCCGUGGCUCGCCGCCGGCCACAUAACCCCGUUCCUCCACCUCUCCAACGACCUCGCCGGCCGAGGCUUCACGAUCACGUUCAUCACCCCACAAAAAGCCAUCGACCGGCUCGGCCACCUCAACCGCCACCCGAACCUCAUCACCUUCCACCCGCUCACCCUCCCUCCCGUCGACGGCCUCCCCGCCGGCGUCGAGACGGCCUCCGAGGUCCCCAUCGAGCUCACCCACUUCCUCUGCGUCGCCAUGGACCGCACGCGCGACCAGGUCGAGGCCGUCGUGCGCGGCACGCGCGCCAAGCUGGUGGUGUUCGACAUGGCGCACUGGGUGCCCGAGAUCACGCGCCUGCUCGGGAUCAAGAGCGUGAACUACACGGUCCUGGGCGCGUCGGCCAUCGCGAUCGUGUUGGUCCCCGCGCGUGGCCUGGAGAAGGGGAAGGUACUGACGGAGGAUGAGCUGGCGGUUCCUCCUCCCGGCUACCCUUCCUCCACCGUGGUGCUCCGCCGCGGGUACGAGGCCGGGUUGCUAGGGUUUCUGUUCAUGCCGUACGGUGAAGCGACGACGUUUUGGGAGAGGAUAAGUUUGGGGAUGAAGGGAUGCGACGCCUUGGCGAUGAGGACUUGUGAUGAGAUUGAAGGGAAGUUGUGUGGGUAUUUGGGCGAGCAGUACGAGAAACCGGUUUUUCUCACCGGUCCGGUCCUGCCCGAACAGAGUGAGGAUCGGUUGGAAGACGACCGAUGGGCGGAAUGGUUGGGAAAGUUCGAACCAGGCUCGGUUGUUUUCUGUGCGUUUGGGAGUCAGGUGUUUCUCGAGAAGGAUCAGUUUCAGGAGCUCGUCCUCGGGUUCGAGCUGUCGGGGCACCCGUUUCUGGUGGCGCUGAAGCCGCCUGCAGGGGCGUCGACGAUCGAGGAAGCGCUUCCGAAAGGGUUCGAGGAGAGGGUGAAGGGGAGAGGGAUCGUGACCGGGGAAUGGGUUGAGCAGGUGGCCAUACUGAACCACCCAUCAGUUGGGUGCUUCGUGAACCAUUGUGGGUUCGGUUCGAUGUGGGAGUCGCUGACGAGCCGGUGCCAGAUUGUGAUGGUCCCCCAUUUGGCGGACCAGGUUUUGAACACUAGGUUGAUGGCUGGGGAGCUGAGAGUUGGGUUGGAGGUUGAGAGAGGUGAGAAGGGUUGGGUUUCCAAGGAGAAGCUCAGUGAAGCAAUUCAAUGUGUAAUGAAUAGUGGCAAUGAGUUGGGUUGUUCACUAAGGGAGAAUCAUGAGAAAUGGAGAGGUGUGUUUUCUAAUCCGGGUUUUAUGUCAAGGUACAUAGAUAAGUUUGUUCAAAAUGUGAAUGAACUUGUCAAGUCAUGAGGUUCCUCUAUGAUUUCUCUUGUUAUCCUCUCCCAUUGUGUUGUUUCCUUUUAAUGUAUGUUGUAAUUCUAUGUACUCAAACAAAAUAUGUAUAUAUGUUGUAUUUCUAUACAUUUUGAUUUGAAAGGAAUUGUAGAGUAAUUGUAAAGUUGAAUUAAAGUUAUUUUGGUUGUUCAAUAUAAUUAUCUUUAUUAUGUGAUCAUGUGUCGUUAGCAAUUAUUCUUUAUUUGUUAUUUCACUAUACGAUACAUUGGAUUUAUCGAUGAGACACUUCAUAUUAUUCUUAUUCUCGGAGAUAAGACAACAUUAUGAAAUUGUCUUUUUUCACGAGAGAGAAUAAAGAGAUCGUGAGAAACUUUCAUUUAAAAACACACAUGAAAAUACAUGUUUAUUGUGUAAUACACAUAAAAUACAUAUAGUAUUUUCGUGUUAACUAGCUUAUUUUGAGAAAAAAAUCGUGAUUUUCAACAUACCAGAGUAUUAAUCUCUCAAUUGUUUUCAUUAUUUAGGUUUUGCUUUGUAAAUAAACUAGAACACAUUGAUUGUGUGUGUGAUCACCGGAGCGUGAGCUAAAUUGACGCUAGAGAGUAUAGUCUCACAUUUAUUUCAAGAACACAUCGAUCUGAUUGAAUGUGUUAUUGUCGAGUCCAUUCGAACCUAAUUAGUCCAUCACCUUAAUUUCCUCUAUUUUAUAAUCUAAGAAAAUGUAACCAUGAUU